AUGCCUGAGGACGGUCAUUUUAAGAAACUCAUCAACAAGAUUAGCGGUCAACCAGAAUCGUAUUCUCGAAAGUCAAAGUACACCUUUGGCAAGACAUUGGGGGCAGGCUCAUUUGGCAUUGUUCGUUAUGCUAGAGACAACGAGACCGGCGAGGACGUGGCAGUGAAGAUCAUCUUGAAAAAGGCUCUCAAAAGCAAAGAGCACGAACAGUUCAUCGUGGAUGAGCUCUCUUUGCUACAGGAGCUCAAACAUCCUCACAUUGUUGGCUUUAGAGACUGGUUUGAAUCAAAGGAUAAGUUUUACUUGGUGACUCAAUUGGCUACAGGAGGUGAAUUGUUCGACAGAAUUGUCCAGCAGGGAAGAUUCACAGAACACGAUGCCUCAAUUGUGGUAACCCAAAUGCUUGAAGCUAUCAAGUACUUACAUGACAGGAAUAUUGUCCAUAGAGACAUCAAGCCCGAAAAUGUGCUUUAUCUUACGGAAAAGCCUGAUUCGGCCAUUGUACUUGCAGACUUUGGUAUUGCCAAAAAACUUCAAGACCCCAAAGAGAAGCUCAUGAGCUCAGCGGGCUCUUUUGGUUACGCUGCUCCUGAAGUGAUCACGGGCACAGGGCAUGGCAAACCAUGUGACAUUUGGUCCUUGGGUGUUGUCACAUACACGAUUUUAUGUGGAUAUUCUCCCUUCAGAUCGGAGAACGUGCAAGAUUUCAUUGCUGAGGUGAGACACAACGAUGCGGUUGUUUUCCACGCUGAUUACUGGCGAACCGUUUCCAAAGAUGCCCGUAGGUUCAUCAUCAAGGCCCUCCAGUACGACCCUGAGCGCCGUGCAACCGCCGACCAACUCUUGAACGAUCCAUGGCUCGUGAGCAUCGCCAAGAAGCACAGUGACGCUGACUUGUUGCCUAAUUUAAAGCAAAACUUCGACGCCCGGGGCAAGUUCCGCCAAGCAAUCGAGGUGGUGAAGUUGGCAAACCGUAUCAAGAAACUCAAGCAAUUGCAAACCGAAGAAGACGACGACCCUAACGAGAUAAACCUUUUCGGUGACGAGGGAUCUGUUGUCAGUGAUAGCGAUUUACCAGACACAAACAAGGACAGCGACAGUCAGACCGAAGUCAAAACAAAAGGCGGGGCGCUCUUCAACUGGAAGAAGAUCAACGAGUCACUUGCCGACGCCGAGAAUGAAUCCACUGCAUCGUUGAGCUCCAAGUCGUCUCAUCGCAAGAGUGCUGACAAGUCAUCCCUUACAUCCAGUGCAUUUGUUCAGUUGGUUCAGGCAGCCACAGAAAACAAGGAGCGAGUAUCUGAGUUCCAAAGGAAGGAGGGAUCUCAAGAGAGGUAA